AUGAGCUCGCUGGGCCAGGGACGGUCGCUGCUGUCCACCCCUUUUCUCCUCGACACGAGGGAGUUUGUCACAGACAAGUGCACCCUUCGACAGCUGACGCACUUUGCCCAUGCGCAUCGCCUCGGGAGUCCCUUGUGGCUUAGCUGGGACUUGGCGGCAGGACUUGGGCUCACGCUGAGGUACAUGCAGAGCCCGUUAAGCAUUUGGUCCCCACUGAUGGGCGAAAGCUUUCUCCCUCUAACGAAGUCUUCACGUUUUGCAGACGCCAUCACUAGACAAUAUCCGGUAAAACAGACAUUAAAUUUUUCAAAUCGCCCCUCCACAGCUGCUUUGGCGAAGCAACAGAUUCUGGUUCUGUCAGCUGCAGCAAGCCCUGAUGGGAAUCCGCGGUGGUACGGCGCUCCUGAGUCGAUAAGACAUCUCUUUGUUUUGCCGGCGAAAUCUUCGCCUUCAAACUGCCACACAUUACGACAAGGGAACGAGUUUCCUUUACUUGGGCUCUGGAUUUCCGCGGUGCUCCUCUCGCGCAUGACGGUUGCUCCCGAAUCGACACUGUUGGUUCACACCCCACCUAGUUGUAUGUGCGUGGUGAACGCUGACCAAUUAUACCCAAGCAGUUUUUUGGCCGAAAAAGAGCUCGAGUGUAUACUGCGGCGGUCUAGUGGCACGUAA